AUGGCGUCAAUUUCCGCUACAGACCAGCUGGUCAACAUUAAGAAAGUGAUGACUCGCAGUAUGACAAUAGCAGCAGCGAGUGGUUGGGAAUGGAAGGGACAAUAUCCCUCCCCAAUGGGGGCCAAUGGUAUUAUUCUACGGAAUCAUUCGUACAGGGAACAGGGGUUUGCAAGGUUCAACUUCAUCUGCUAUCCGUUGGGACCCCAACCAGUCUCCCCUGUUAAUUGGAGAGAGAGGGGUCGAAGGAUUCGUUCAAUGAAACUGGCUCGACAGUCAGGCUAUCGCGACCUAUUAUGGGAUAAAGAAGUAUGCCCUGAUUGGGAAAGAGCACAUUUCGAUGGCAAAACAGACAAGGUUGUGACAAUAUGUACUCGAUUUCCGUCAAGCGUUCAAACUUCACGAUGUGCUGCUGACAGACCUGAUCCAACAAAUUAUGAUACUCUAUCUGUGGAUGCUUUAGGUUACCAUCAUCUUAGUAACGUAGCACAGCACCUGCCAAAGUUGGACAUCGAGCCAAACGGACCCCUGAGAUUGCUCAACAUGAUUCUGGAUCCCAAAGAUCCAUGCAAUGACAAGAAAACCAUCUCGACGCAUGACCCGAGGAUUGCCUUCAACACUACCGUUUCCGAGUUGCCAAACAUGGACACUUCAGAACGCCUUCUCACUAGGGGUGCCAGUAACGUCCAACAUCCUGAGAUUUAUGGACGCGGCGACGCCGUCAGUCUUGACUGUUUCUGCAGGUCUCUCAAAAUCACCACUGUCAAUGAUGAGUCCAUACCGGAGAGUAUUCGGACGAGAGCAGCGGAGCCAAGAGUGAGUGAAGCCCUGGAAGACAUUCAUAGUAACCCUGCGUCCAGGCCUCUUUAUAUUAUCACUGGGAUUAAAGUCGCUACGGGGGGUACUAUGGAUAGCGUGUGGCGUCAGUGGCCAGAUAGCAAGGCUCGUAUGGGUCAUGGUAACUAUCCUGAAGACGAGGUGAAGAACAUUACCGCAGUACCAGGAAGUAAGACGUUGGAAGUACGCGAACAUAGCGACUAUGUUGAUUUUAGAACCGUGGUUGAUCUUCUGCAAGACAUGGGUCGUGUGGAGGCGCCUCUUGUCCAGACGGAAUGA